GCUAGUCUGCAAAAAUAUGUUGGCUGGAAUUGAGUACUUCCCUCAUCGCUGUAUUUUACUCUAAAAUCAUUUGGAAGUACUUAUCUUAAGAGAUCAAUUUUAGAGGGUCAAGGCUGAUUUCAGCAGAGAAAAUCCGAGGAACACGACUAUAAAACAGCCAUUUUUAUUAGAGCAAAAUACCCAAAGAACUUUUCUUUUGGGAAUAAGUAGCACUCAGUAAAUGAAAUGAAGUUAUGCAAACAGCUAAAAAUUGAUUAAGUAUGAAAGUUGAUUGGCAAUGUCCUGAUUGGAGAAGUUACAACACUGACCAUCCAUCUCUCAAAGCACAUGUCGAGAAAUUAGCUAAACACGGGUUAAAGGACCCAUGGAUUAGAAAUUAUGCUUGGCAUUAUUCACCGAAAAUAUACAAAACACGUUUUCAAUGGGUUAAAGAAUUAUUUCUACGAAGAUUACCGCAUGGUAUUGCUUUAGGCCUUGCAGCUACUGUAGUCAUUAAUGGAUUUGAUCAUUGGCGAAGGCAGCAAGAGCAUCAUGUAUCUACAGCAGAACACUAGGCAAAUUACUUCUUCUGUUAUGGUCAUUAUUAUUAUUAUUAUUAUUACUCUUGUUUUGACUGAAGUUAGAAUUUUGUUUUUAGCUAUAAUGGUCUGUAAAAAAGACACCAUUACAAUAGAAGUGUAAAAUAAAAUAGUUUUUAAUUUUACUUUAGAAAAACAAACAAACACGCGAAAGUAUUUGUUCACAAAUUGAGCUGUGAUGUCAAUACUCUUUGUAAGAGUAGUAGUAGUAGUAGUAGCUUUCGUGAUCAGUGCAGUCUUGUUAAACGAGUUGUCAGAUAGAUGGGGGUUACUUGCUACUUUCAUACACUGGUUAGUAUUCAACAAUAAAGUGUAAUUGCUAUCGAAAAUCUUCUUCAAAUAGGUGUAGACAUUGUAGAGCACAGUAUUCUUCGGCGAAGAGACUCUUUUCAACAACGAAUUUAUUAUCAAGCUGUACAAUCGUAUAUAUAAUAAUUAAUUUUACUUUAUUCGAAAAACAGCACUAUUUAUGAUACAGAAUGGAAUUCUCAGCA